AAAAAGGGAACAUGGUGAGGCAUCGAAAUGCCAUAUCUGCCUAAAGGCCCUUCGAUGACUGCAAGAAUAACCGUGAAGUUCGGGACCAUUGUCAUUACACGGGAAAGCAUCGAUAACAGCUGCAAUUUAAAGUAUAAGAUGCCCAGCCAUAAACCUAUGAUAUUCCACAACCUAUCAGGGUAUGAUGCCCAUCUCUUUAUCCGGGAAUUAGGUAAAAAAUAUGACACUCAGGACAUUGGUUGCAUAGCGGAGAAUACCGAAAAGUACAUCAGUUUCAACGUGAAAAUCAAGGUACCCCUUGGAGGUAUGGGAUAUGGUGAUGGGGAAAAGUACAACACAAUAGAGAUCAGGUUCAUAGAUUCCUGUCGAUUUAUGGCAUCCUCGUUAGACAAAUUAGCAAACAACCUCAACAAUGAACAGUGUAAAAAUCUCCGUUGGUUUUUCAAUGAGGAUGACACGUUCCAACUCAGCGCAGAAAAGGCUAUGCGUCAAGACCUGCCUACGGAUGGCUUAAAAUGGGUGUCGAACGUCGAGGCCUUUACGGAAAAGCGAAUCGAGAAGCUCGUCGAGGACAAUAGGCCUGUGUAUAUCCUGGAAGUAGAUAUUGUCUACCCGGAGAGACUACACAACAAGCAUAACGAAUUGUCUUUCCUACCCCAACGAACGAUGGUCCAUAGGGUAGAGAAACUGGUGCGAAAUGUAGAGGACAAGCGAAAGUAUGUGGUGCAUAUCAGGGCAUUAAAUGAGGCUGUAAGGCAUGGGCUUAAAUUGAAGAGAGUUCGCAGGGUCAUCUGGUUAAACCAGAAGGCGUGGUUGAAGGGGUACAUUGAUCACAACACGAGACUGAGAACAAGUGCGAAGAACGAGUUCAAGACGGACUACUACAAACUCAUGAAUUUUAGCGUGUUUGGCAAGAACAUGGAGAAUAUUAAAAAUCACCGCAACAUCCAGCUGGUCACAAACGAGGACAAGUAUACGAAACUCGCAAUGAAACCAAAUUUCAAGGGUGAAAGCAGGUUCAGCGAGCAUCUGGUAUGCGUUGAAAUGGGUAAAACCAGGGUAAAGAUAAAUAAGACUGUAUACAUUGGCCAGGCUAUAUUGGAUAUGUCAAAGCUAGUCAUGUGCGAGUUUCACUAUGAUUCCAUGCAGCCUAAGCAGGGUAGCAAGUUGCAGCUCUGCUACAUGGACACAGAUAGCUUUAUGUACCAUAUACGAACGGAGGACUUUUACAGGGAUAUCGUGCAGGAUGUUGAGACACGCUUUGAUACAAGUGCCUAUGAUGCAGAUGAUGGAAGGCCUCUCCCAAUAGGCAAGAACAAGAAGGUGGUAGGCUUAAUAAAGGACGAAUUGGGCGGUAAAAUCAUGACCUAGUUCAUCACACUAAGGGCAAAACUCUAUGCCUAUGUGAGCCUUACAAAAGAAGGCAGUAAUCGAAAAGUCAAGAGCUUGAAGAGAUGUGUCACGAAAAAAUCUAUUUCCUUUGAUGACUAUGAGCGGUGUCUGGAAGAGGGCGUUGACGUCUACAAGAGGCAGGCAUUGAUACAAAACAAGAGCCAUGAGGUAUACACCCACGGGGUGAACAAGUCGGUGCUCAAUAUGGCAAACGUGUUGUACAACUGGACCACAUUACGACGCUUGUCAAAAGGCAUUACCGCCUAGCGUCUACAGGGGAAUAAAAUGGAGGUGUGGUUAUGUACCGCUAUACUUCUACCCUAUGCCAUGAUAGCUUUCAUACUUUUUCGUUACAGACGACUACUAAUAAAGAUGUCUGAUAUUUCACAAGUCUUUGACAAUGCCUCUGCAGAAUAUGAAAAUAUUAAAAAGCCUAUCGAUAAGCAUCAUGUGGUGAAAGAGGCCAUACGGAAAGGCAAGGGUCACUUACUACCAAAAAAAUGCACGGAGGGCUCCGUUGACAAGGCUUCGGAGGAAGCAAUCGACAAGGUCCAUACCGAGUAUGUACAGCGAGAACUCCAAGAGAAAUGGGAGAAAACAGCUAAGGCACUUUCUACCCAUGUUGUAAGCCUGUAUGCUAGCAUGAUUGGAAACUCUAUAGACAGUGUUGACGAAUUGCGCAUGGAUAUCUAAGAAGACCCUAUUAUCCGGGAUUCCAUGACAGAUUUGGGAAUCCUUGUGCACUGCACCAUAGGGAGGUGUUUAGCCCAACUUCUCGUGGCAGGGCAUACUGCGAGGCAUAUGAGCAGGAAAAAGAGAACGCGGAGAAGGAGGGGGGAGGCAUAGACUGUACUAUAAGAAUGAAUGAGUGAAGAGAAACAAAAGGAGAGAGUCAUUACAAAACCACCGAAGAACGAAAGUUGUGUUGCAGCUGGCAAGAGACUUUCCGAAUGGAACCGGAAAAACAAGGCCAACUGAAAGAAGAACGUGGGCAAAGAAUUUUCACAGGAUAAUCAAGAACCUGCGACAGGUUCCAGCAAGUCAACGGACGUAUGUCUUUAUGGAAUCGGGACUUUGGUCGUGCUUGCCAUAGGUGUCGGGGUUUGGUACAAAUUUGGUAUGGGUAAAUAGGAAUCUAACAAGUCGGCGACUAAUCCAGAGCGUCAGCAACAGAACAAAACGCAGCCUCAGAUUGACAUCCUCAAGACGCAAUGAUUUUACUCAAAAAAUGACACUUAAUAAACGGCAACAGGCAAACAUUUAGAUGAAAAUAUAAGUCCCAAAGAAGCCAUGAUUAUUGAUGCCUUAUGGGGGUUGGUCUUGUACACGAUACUGAUCGCUAUUGGCGGAUAAAACGGUCCUAGGAGUUUCGGGUCUGGGCCUAAAGUGGACUUGGAGGACGGUUUGAAGCUAGCUAGGUAUAUGAUGGCGGUCCAGUUUGACGAAUACGCAAUAAAACAAGAUAACAACACGUUGUACCAUGACUUCAAAUUUUUGCAAUAAGAUUUGCCUUGCCGUGUAGUUGUCUGCACCGGAUCCGACUAAGGAUGCUUUGGCACCUGCUUGCGAUCCUAGCAAAAAGACCAGGUAAGCCCUGAUACUUUCGCUUAGCUUGGUUAGGCCUUGGCUUGUUGAUAUGAUGAUUUUUUCCCAAUCCCCAUCAACCAUAGACCACCAUGAACCGUUUGUCAAUAACGACAUGACGUUAUUGGAUUUGCACAAAUCGUUAGGAUUUGCACGAUACUCACGGCAUACCUGCGCAUAUCCUGAGGUGGAGUAGGGGUUUUUAUACUGCGAGAACCCAUCAUCAUACAGCAUGGGUACUUUGUGGUAAUAGACGUGAAAUUUGAAGAACGAAUUGAUAAGGGGUACAGAACCCGCCAUGUGCUUGAUACAGAUGCCUAAUGCGGUAGUUGCGCAGUGUGUGGCAAAAUUUACCUGAAUGUUCCAAUAGUCCAAGGCCUGUCCUGCCCAUCUCAGUUGAACGGGGUCAUCCAGGUAGGUUGUUGGGACCUUGAUAGCAUUUGGUAAACUCGAAAAAUACCACGGAAAUAUGCAACUCCGUCGAUACGUACAGGUCAUGAUGCUCCAAGUUCUUGAUGCCAAGUGGCCAUUCCCCUCUGUUACUUUUGUACUUUACCUUAGGGUUGUGUGAGUAUAUAUUCAUCCUUUUCUUAACAGAAAGGGAUGAAGCAACUCUAUAUCACUGAUAUGGAGACUCCUACAAUUCUCGAGGACUAUCUAGGACAGGAUACGAGAAUUGCCUUGAAAUCGAUAAGUAUUAGACCUGCAUGGUUGAGCCUGUACAGCAAUAACGACUUCACGAUCCGAAAGUAGGACCCAAACAAAGACUGACUCGUAUCGAGAUUAUGAAUGGUCUGUACAAGAUCGAGGAUAUUGCGACUAUCGUCAACUCUCAGGCAGAAAACAGGAUUAAGCUGUUUGUUAUAAAAAAUGGACUCUUCAGGCUCCGUGUCAGCGAUGGCUAUACGGUAUUCAUAGACCAUCGCAAGAGCUUUUGGGUCUACCCUACGACCCCACAAAAAAGUACUUCACGAACGGUGACCACGAUGCCCAUUAUAGGACCGACGUGGAUCAAAGAUUAAGACUCGUUUGUCCGCAAUUGGAUGAAGACGACUGCCUACUGGAUUGUAAAAGGUCUAAAACUCUGGCCUUACUUCCCACCAAAAAGCUAAACGCUUGGGGGGACAUGUUCACUUGGAGUUUUGACACUCCUGUUUACCUUCCACUGAAGGGCUCUACGGACCGUCUAAGGUUCAUGCUAACGGACGUCUACCAUCAUGAAAAGAACGUUUCGUUCACCGCCCUUACGAUGCAUAUUCUUAUAGAAUAAAUGAGCAACAUAGCUACGCUGUACGCAAACCUACCAAGUGCGCUUGUGCAAGACGUCGAUAUGCAGGAGGAACGCCAGAUCUACAGACUUAAAAAGAUUGAGGAUAUUGAAAAGUACCUGCGGGUUGAAAUCGAGGAGCGGAACAGACUUGCGAAGAGAUUCAAAAUGCUUAACACGUGGGUACGACUCUGCGAUCAUGGGCUGCUUGGCAUAAGCUUGAUUACGUCGGGACUUGGCAUAGGAGCUAUGACCUCGGGUAUGGGAGUUCCUUUGGCCAUUGCCAUGAGGGGCUUCCGAUUGCAGCCGGUGUAAGCCAAGCUGUUCUCCGGAACGCUUCGAAAAGGCUCCGUGUCAAAUCUAAGGAACAUGGAUGUAUAAGGCUACUCGCAGAAGCGAAAUUGAACUCUAUUGUUGAUCUCAUCUCAAAAGCAAUGGAGAAUGGUGUAAUCAGUGGCUAUGAGUGUAACCUGGUCUCUCGAGAGAAGGAAAAUUAUAUGAUACUGAAGAAACAGAUGCGACAGCGUCUCAAUCGUAUCGGUGAAUGCCAUUAAUGAAGACCUUUUGCCCAGCUAGUUGCAAAAGGUCGAGAGGAGGACAGGAAAGAGAUGCAGGAUGAGAUUUUAAAAAACGUUCGACCUGCACAGUGUGUAAGCAGUACCUAGAGGUCCCAACUGAGUAUAGAACCUAAUUUGGUAUAUUUUAUAGGUCUUGUAUGGCCUAUAAAAUAUAUGGUUAUUAAUCCUCACUCAGCAACCAUUCCUUUUUAAAGUCUUUGUACCGACAUUCCGUAAUAUGUACCUGGGGUACUAGUUUUUACCUUGUACAUACACCGAUGAAAUAGCCAGGAUGGCACUAGCUUGGCAGGAUUCAUCAUAGGGUACUGGCAUACCAUAGAAUUUGGUCGUGAUUGUGUCUUUGUAGUAUUUAGGCUUGGCGUUCACAUAACGGUCCUUUUUUACAGGCUCUGUCAAUUGCUCAGAUAUCAACUCCUCUACUCAGAUACCAACUCCUGAGAUAUCAACUCCUCUAUAGACAGUUUUGACAAUAUUUUGCAAUCCAAUCAGGGUACUCUUCAAAAUCAAGACUCAUCACUGGUACAGCAUUGGCGUUGUGCCGGGUCACUCCAUGUGGGGACCAGAUUUUAUGUGUCUUUCCCCUGAGGGCUACCACAAAGUCCCAUGUAUAGUACCCUACUAUGUACCGUUGAUCCUUAUCUCCGUUGGCGGGAAUGGGGCCUGACACUUUCAGUUAUUCUACAUUGAUAUCGUCGAUGUCUGUAAAGGUAUCAGCAAAUGAGUAGAAUAAUUUAGGGUUGACAAGCUCAUUUUAAAAUUGUAGCAUCUUGAUUAUUGUAUAUUUCGAACGACUGCUGAGAAUUGCAUGUCAUUGUACAUACGCAACCACCCCCAUUGUAUGUGAUAUGGUCCUGAUAGCAGUAGCAGCACAACAUUUUACCCUUCACCACGAAUCUCCGACCACAUGUGCAUCUAACAUACUGGUCAAGUACCCUUUCACAGUCGUUGCAAUGCUCCAUUUUAUUUAUCACAGUUACAAGGACGAUCAUCUUCUAGGUCAUUAAGAUGUUCCCUCAAAAGCCUCGAAUGUCUCAUCCAUUCAUUCACUCUCUCCUCUGAUUUUUCUAAUGCCAGUGCUAACGCUAUUAGCGCCAGGGAGAUACCGAUACCGGCUAUAAAAAGACCGCACUUCCAAAAUAUAAUAAGUUUUGUUUUACAGCUGACGCACAUUUAUUAUGGUAUCUUGCAACCACGUUUGAUGAGAUGAUGAGAGUCGAUAAAGACGACAAGAUAUUUCAAGAUCUGAAAAUCUCCGUUGUGUAAAAUACAACCACGUCCUGCCAUCUGGGCAAUGUAUUGAAUUUUUUAACAACACAUAUGUUGUGGGGACAAGAGAAGAUAUCAUAAAGAAGGAGAGACUUUU